AUGCGGUCUUAUUGGCCAGGCAAGGUGAUAGGGGCGACUAUUGCAGACGGCCAUGGCAGCCUUACGAUCUCACGCUGAGGUAUAAGUAGACCAUCUGUUCAUCUUCCCUUCUCUUCCUUUCACCUCUGCUCCCCACAGAACCAUCACAUGUCGAAAGAACAGUCGAUCAAAUUGGACGCUCUUCUUUCCAAUCAACAAAACAACAUGCCGCGCCAUCUACAGACCGGCCCCAGGUGUGGACGUACCGUACGUCGGCACGUUCCAACUGCCAAUGCAGACGCCGAGGUCGUCUCUAACCCUGACCUCGACGAGCAAGAGGCCAUCCGGCUCAAGGAGAUCGAAGAGGGGGCCAUGCGUGCCGAGCUGAAGCACAUCGACAAGAAAUUCACCGAGCAAGGCCAGAUCUACUACGCCGAGACGCUCGAGGAGGAGAUUCCGGAGCAAGUCAACUGGUGGUCCAAAUUUGCCCUGUGUCUCGUGCGCCACAUGGCUGGCGACGUCAAGCGUCCGUGGGUGCAGAAGGUGAGCUUGCACGUCAACUCGCAGCAUCUCAAGGACAUCUUGAAAAAGACGAUUGAGCAUUACCCUGGCAUUUCGUUCGCCACCAAGGACGUUGCCAUCGACAGUCCCUAUCAUGUCCUCUUCUAUUACCGUCACGAGUUGGCACACGCUGGUCGUGAUCUCGAGGAAGGGUCAGAAGCAUCUCAGCAUCUCAAUCUACUCGUCGACUUUAUUGACGAGCGCUUCAAAGAAGUCAUCGAGGAGUCGGAGAACCUUCUCCCACAAGGCAUGGUCAGCUACAGCAAUCUGUGGACCAUCUUCCGCCCAGGAUGCACCGUCUAUGGUGCAGUCUUUGGACAGCCCCGAGCAUUCACGCUCAAGAGCGUUUCCAACAGCGUUGAACCACCCGGGCUGCAGCUCAACUUGAGCUAUGUCGACUUCGACGGCGACGACAUGGGCACAAGAGCUACAUCGCGCCUUGUCGCUGCCUUUCCUGGCGCAGAGAAGAUCAGCGAGCUUUCCGCCUUCCCUAUCGAGUGGCAUCCACAAAAGGAGCAGGCAAAGCGGCAGCUCAUCGCUCGAGGCCGACUCUGGGAGCAGUACGCCGGCAUGAACCUCCGCCACUACAAAGGCAUUGCUCUCGAGUAUACGCAGUGUGGCAUUCGGCGCUACAACAUGGACGGCCGCGUGGUCGUCGACACCGCGACCUUCCAUCGCCUGAACGCCAAUUUCGCCUUCUCGGUAGAGGCAUUCAAGGCCGACAACGAGAAUCGGGCGAAGAGACGACGCAUUCAGGAUGAAGACGAUGACGAGAACGUCGCAACGCUCGAUCUCGUCCCCGAGAAGACCCUUGACCUGGACCCUCUCACGGAAGAGCAGUGUCUACUCGCAAACAGCAUGGUGCGCGGCUUCUCCUUCACCGAGAAGAAAUGGCUCGACUUCUUCGUCGACAGACUCGCCCCCAUCAACUGGAACCCCAACUGCUUCGACGAGCUUGUCCUCCCUUCCGCACAGAAAGACCUCGUCAAAGCACUCGUGGCAACGCACAUCGAGCAACGCGUCGCUUUUGACGACAUUGUAGCCGGCAAAGGCAAAGGCCUCAUCCUAGUGCUGCACGGCACGCCCGGCACAGGAAAAACGCUCACAGCCGAAACGGUCGCCGAAUAUAGCCAGCGCCCCCUCUACAUGGUCUCCAGCGGCGACCUGGGCACCGACAGCGCCGGCCUCGACGAGCGCCUAACGCGCAUUCUCGACAUGGCCUCCACGUGGAAAGCCAUCCUGCUAAUCGACGAAGCAGACGUCUUCCUCGAGCGCCGCAGCCUGCACGACAUGCAGCGCAACUCGCUCGUGUCCAUCUUCCUGCGCGUGCUCGAGUACUACGAAGGCAUCCUCUUCCUCACCUCCAACCGCGUCGCGACCUUCGACGACGCCUUCAAGUCCCGCAUCCACGUCCCCCUCAAAUACGCCGAACUCACGGCUCCCUCGCGCCAGCGCAUCUGGAAGAACUUUCUCGGCAAGUUGGGCGCGGACGAAGUGCUGAUGGGUGAGCCGGAGUACGAGCGGCUCGCUGCGGCGGAGAUCAAUGGGCGCCAGAUUAAGAAUGUUGUGCGGACGGCGAAGAGUCUGGCGAGGUUUCAUGGCAAGCCGUUGAAUCUGGACAUGUUGGAGCAGGUGAUUGAGAUUCAGCGAGAGUUCGAGCUGGAGUUGGAGUCGACUUCACGUUCGGUGGAGAGAGUGGAUGGGGUGAACGGGGUUUGGGCGAUGCCUUGAUGCAUGGGCAUUGAGGGAGCUGAGCGCUGGCCGUGAUGCUGUGGUUUCAGAUUGGGAACAUGGAAUGGGGAAGCCUCGAGACGGGUUUAAGAUGGAGGAAGAACAGGCUCAAGACCAGUCAUCAUCUUUGGUCUCACACGGUACACACGAGGAAUGAAAUAGCAGACAGCAAGGAACUAGCACA